AAUCUUUUCUUUUUGGUUGGCUCUCCGCUUUACUCACUUGUGCACUGCACUACUAAUUUCAUUGGUGCCCAUCUACUGAUUGACUGGUUAUUUACUUGUUUUUCUUGACUUUACAUAAGCGGCCCAAUGACCCACAUUUCAGGCUUUUCCUCGGCCCCUAAUGAUCAGACGCUCGUCAGCAACAGCAUCAAGGAGAGUAGUGACCAUAUUCUUCUACAUAGCAACACAUUAAACAAUGGACACAUUGCUCCCCUUCGAGAAGGGUUUGCUGCACCUUUGAACGACACUCAUGAUCCACAGCAACUCCAACAGAGCAAUAAUAAUCAGCCUAUUUUAAUGAACGGAGCUCCUCUUCAGCAUCCCAGCCAUGUCUUUGGACCUGAAGGACAAAUCAUUUCUACAUCCUUCCCGAUGGAAGGGGUAGUUCAAUCAAGCACUGCCUCACAUCCAGCCCACCACUUUGUGGCUGUACCAACUACUCAACAACAACAACAACAGCAACAACAACAGCAACAUCAACAACAACAAUUAAUGCAGCAGCAACAACAAUUAAUGCAUCAACAGUUCGAACAGCAACAACAGUUCGAACAGCAACAGCAGUUUGAACAGCACCAACAGCAUCAGCAACAACAGAUACAGCAGAUGAUGGAGCAGCCACAUCUCUCGCUCCAAACAACUGUAGCAAUGCCCGCACAUGAUUUUCAAGCUCCGUUACUGUCUUCGCUACCCAUGAGCCCUCCUGCCGCACAACAACAAUUGCUACUCGUGAGUCCUUCAAUACUCUCUGCAGAGUCACAGCCAAUAUCGGUGUUGACACCAAUGUCGUUUCAACAAGCAGCCGAGUCACAAAAUAUGCAUUUACAGAUGCUAGAGACAGAGCAUUUACAUCAGCAACAACAACAACAGCAGCAGCAACAGCAGCGGCAACAGGAGCAACAACAACAACAACAACAACAACAACAACAACAGCAGCAGCAGCAACAACAACAACAACAACAGCAACAACAGCAUGAGCAAAUCCAUCAACUUCAGCAACAUGAGCAAAUCCAUCAACUUCAGCAACAUGAGCAAGUCCAUCAACUUCAACAACAUGAGCAAGUCCAUCAACUUCAGCAACACGAGCAAGUCCAACAGCUUCAGCAGCAGCAGCAGGAGCAGAUACAGCAACUUCAGCAACAGCAGCAGGAGCAGAUACAGCAACUGCAUCAACAACAGCAGCAGCAACAGCAGCUCCUUCAGCAACAGAUCCAACAGCAACAACAGCAUGUACAACAUAUCAUAGCGACAAGUAUGCCGGUAUCGGUCUCGGUCUCGGAGAUGUCGAUGCAAAAUGCAAUGUUAAUCCAGGAACAGAUCAACGCACAAUCUCGUUCACAUACGCCCGUAAUUGCCUCUCAACAGUCAUCAAAUCAGCCACGUGUAAUACAUCGUCAUCAGUCUUCAUUUGAUGGCGCGAAUCAGGCGACCAUGGAAUUGCAUGCGCUUAAUGCUCAGAUUCAACAACAACAGCAGCAGCUACAGCAACAACAACAACAACAACAACAACAACAACAACAACAGCAACAACGGCAACAGCAGCAACAAGACAUGAUAGCAGCCGUGGCCAUUGCAUCUUCUCAGCAAGCGCUCGUCAGUCCAGUAGAAGCUACCAUGGGACCCAUUAUGAUGCCUAUUGGCCAAAGCAUGAUGAUCAUGGCAGCUCCUCAAAUGAUGAGCUCAGUUGCUCAGGAAAUGGAAGCUAUGACUACGGGUAUAGGUUUGAAUCAAGAUAUUCAAGGACGACCUCUGCAGGCAAAUAUACCGCAGCCAGGUCGAGAAAUGGAUACAACAGGGUUUACAGUCCAACAGAUACCUCAUUCUGUUGCAGCCGUAACAACAGCCAGUAUGCCUUAUCCAACGCCGCUGUCUAGUACAGAAUCCAUGGGCUCAUUCAUGCCAUUGGUACCCUCGAUGCAACCCGCAGCAUCUCAUCCUUCUAGUGUCAACACUUCUCCGGCAUUCACACCGCCUGAAACAGCCCUGCCUAACAGUACAGACGCAUUGAAGCGUCACCGUCGUCAUCCAUCGUCUGGCCAACAUUCGCCAGAGUUAAGGAUUCAGCUUCAAAAGCAAGAUUUCCAGCAACAACAACAGCAAAUGAUGGCAGCCAAGGAGCAAGCACUGUUUAAUAGUUUGCACCGGGUAGAACCACACCAGAGUCGUUCCCCGAGAGCAGCGGCAGCAGCAGGGUUAAAAAUCAACGUUUCUGAGAUUCAAGCACGCGCAAUGCCACUCUCUACCCUCGGAUCUCCUGCAGAGCCCGGUCAUGCGUACUCCCCAGGGCCGCUUUCGGCGCCUUCACCUAUCUUAGGACCCGUCAAUAACUCGCUCGUCGAUACCAUUAUGGAGGUCUCGUCCACAUUCAAACUUCAAAAUCUGAACGACGUCAAGGAAGCCAAGAUGGAGCCGUUAGAGUUGGAGAAGCCUUCUACGCGAGACGAACUGCAAGAGUUGACGAAGCAGGAACUUAUUGAGAAGGUAAUGCAGUUGGAAGGUUCAAUUCCUCUGCGAAGGAUGAGCACCAUUAAGCAAGAGUCAACUGAUGAGCUUAUGCACGAGAAAUCCACUGUUUUUAGCUUUAUCCUCUUCAGCUGGAUCGUCAGUAUCAGAGGCUCAGACAGAGGAGCCACAACAGAAGCAGGAAAGUCCUCAGUUAUCUUCACUGUCACCGCCUUCACCUGCCAAUUCGCCUCCAACUCUCACCAUGCAAGCCAAUACAGAAGAUGAAGGACUGAAGAAAGAACUGGCUUCUCCAACCAUAUCAUCCUAUGCUGUCAAAUCGCCUACAAACCUUCAUGCAGUUGUUGCGUCUAAUAACGAUGAAGACGAUGAUGGGGAUGAUGAUGACGAAGAAAACGAGGAUGACCUGGAAGAUGACGAAAAUGAGGGCGAAGAUGGUGAAGAACCGCCAGUAAAGUCAAGCAAAGGCUCAAUAGAUACGAAUGGCGCAGAAGACUCCGAGACGCCACAGCAGCUGGUCUGUUUGUGG